UUUACAUUUACACAGUACGGAGAAAAAGCAAAGAAGUCAUGGCGAAUUGAAGAAUUCAAACGGCAAACGGUGAAGAAGCCAAAGGCGAAAGCAAGCCUUCCAAUCGACUUCUUUUCUGAGUUCUCCUCAAGGUAAUUUCCAAUUCAUUUUGGUGCAUCACUAUGAUAAAAGAAAGAGAAAAUUACUCGAGUGAUGGUGUUAAUGGAGGUCAAAACUCUGAAUCGAAGCUAACAGAUUUGACAUCUGAUGAAAAUCGAGGGAAUCUGGAUGAAAAAACUGGGUUUUCCGAUAAGAAUAAUGGUUUUUCUAGAAGUUCAGAGUCAAAACCCUCGAAAUUGGGGAUUUCUCAAGAGUUGACUUUGAGCUAUCUAUGUGAUAAUUCGACAUUAGCUCAGAAUCCGUCUGAUAAUGGUAGAAGUUUACUGAAUUCCUUUGAUAAAGUUAAAGGGAAAUUAGUCGUUUCUGAGGAUCAUAAUAAUCCUAAUCCGGAUGAGAAUAGAUGGGUAGAGAGAGAUUUUUUGCAAUUGUCAGAAAAUUCUUCAAAAAGAGAAGCUGACGAUGAUGAAAUGUAUCAAAUGAAUAGAGAUAAAAAGCCGAAAUUGGAAACCCUAGAUCUAUCUCUAGCUUUACCUGAUACUUCCAUGUCCUUAGCUGCAUCAAAUCGUCUUCAAGAUGGUGAUCCUUCAGUGAGUUUGAAGCCAAGUAGGAGCUUUCAAUCGUUGGGUAUUUCAAACAGUAACAACACUCAAACCACAUUCUCAAACGAUUUCACAACUGGUUCCAUGUCAUAUUCAUAUUCACAACAGUUCUCACAUAACCCUAGUUGCUCCAUGACUCGAAAUUCAACCGACAAUUAUGACUACUCGAUGGGUAGCCAUAGAAGAGAGUGUGAUCAGAUCUGGAAUGGUGGAGAGGGGACCAAUGGAUCUGUUCACAGCCGGUUUAGGCCUGUAGGUGAUGGAGGUGUUGCCUUGGUGCAAAGUAAUCCCUCCAACUCUAACACCAACUUGUCCUUUUUUCCAUCUGAACUGCCUGCAAGAAUGAAGAUGGACACACAGUCUGGCGAUUCAAGGGGGAGAGGCUCUGAAAACACAAAAGGGAUGGAAGGUUUGGAUUUCGGAAGAUCACGCAAACCUUCAAGACCCGAGAGGAUUCUUAGAGAAAUCGUAUCCGAGUCUAUUCAAACAAUGGCUCAGAUAACUCAAGAACUCCCAGAUGAAACACUCGAAUCAACAAAAGAUUACUUAAAGAAACUCAUCUCAAUUCCCGAAAAAAGAGACGAAUUGGUUAGGUUACAGCUUCGGCUCGAAAGAAGAUCUGAUCUCACAAGUGAAUCCCUUUCAAAAGCCAACAAAAACCAAGUUCUACUCUUGGUUUCCAUAAGAACAGGUCUUGAAACCUUCUUAUCUCCCCAAUCCCGUCUCCCAACAAACGAACUUAUUGAAAUUUUUCUAUCUGAAAGAUGUAAGAACGUGAAUUGCAAGCGGUUAUUACCCGUUGAAGACUGUGAAUGCAAGAUUUGCUCAACAAAGAAAGGAUUCUGUAGCGAAUGUAUGUGUCCUGUUUGUCUAAACUUUGAUUGUGCAAGUAAUACGUGCAGUUGGGUGGGGUGUGAUGUGUGUUCUCAUUGGUGUCAUGCGGCUUGUAGUCUUCAAAAAAAUCUUAUAAGGCCUGGAGCAAGCUUGAAAGGGCCCACAGGUACAACAGAGAUGCAGUUUCAUUGCCUUUGUUGUGGUCAUGCUUCUGAAAUGUUUGGGUUCAUUAAGGAUGUUUUCAAGUCGUGUGCACAACAAUGGGGUUUGGAGACAUUGAUCAAAGAGCUUGAUUGUGUUAGGAAAAUCUUUAGGGGGAGUGGAGAUUUCAAAGGGCAAAAGCUUCAUUUGAAGGCUGGUGAGUUGAUGUCCAAGCUUGAGAACAAAGUCAUGUCCCCUUCAGAUGUAUGCGGUUUCAUCCUUCAAUUCUUUGACUCCCUAGAUGCAGAAAUCAUGCCUGAUUUUCCCAUUUCCAAUCCACCAAUCCAAACCUCAUACAACAUGAACAUGAACAUGAUGGGAAUGGGAUCAUCAAGUAAUCCUCACGAUAACAACCAUAAACCUCUGCCACACAUGAUGAAUUCCAAUUCCAAUUCCAAUAAAAUAGUAAUUGAAGACGAAUGGUCGGUGAAAUCGUCUAAAAAGGACAAGGACGCGUUUGACAGUGUGGAAAGCCUGGUGAGAAUAAAAGAAGCGGAGGCUAGAAUGUUCCAGAACAAAGCGGAUGAAGCAAGAAGGGAAUCCGAGGGGUAUAAACGGAUGAUCAGGACAAAAAUUGAGAAAUUGGAUGAAGAGUAUACAGAUAAAAUAGGGAAAUUGAAUUUGGAGGAGAUUGAAGAGCAAAGGAAGAAGAAAGCGGAAGAGGUUAAGGCGAAAGAGAAGGAUCAUCAUGAGUAUUAUAAGAUGAAGAUGAGGAUGCAAGCUGAGAUUGCUGGCUUGUUGGAGAGAAUGGAGAAGACUAAACAACAAUGGGUCUGAUCAUUCACAUCUUUUCACCUUCUUUGACAGUUUGUUGUUGUGUCUUCAAAAUAGUGGCCAUGAUUCACCGUUGUAAUGUAUUUUUUGACUUUCCAUUUUUUUUUCUUUUUUUUUUUUGGCA